AUGGAGUCUUCGGGGAAUACAACUUUGACCACGUGUGUAAAGGAACCUCGACGGAAGACACUCAGAGAUUUCAGAUUAUUCACCCACCCCUCAGAAGACCAUCCCGAGAAUAUUAACAUCUGGAACUUCUCGACCAGAUCAUGGACUCCUUGGUUGCCAGAGGCUAAUAAAGAAGCAGCACAGGCCAUCCUCUGGCGAGGUGCACGAACAAUCGCUAAGCUCCUUCACUUUUGUAGCCACCAAUGCUUGGUUGGCACCGUGAGAGAAUAUAUCCCCGAUGAGUACGUGCAUCGCGUGUUUCAGCCCACAGAGUGGGCCUAUAAGUUCACUACACAGCACGCCCUUUUCAACAGCGACGUUCUGAAAAAGGCCGUCGAGAACAAAAUUCUACCCCGCUGGAAAGAACACAAUGGGUACCCAGUCCACCAGGAAGCGCCACUUACCGUCCAAGAGGAACCUAAUGAUCCGGACAAAACACGGAUGGCAUUCUUCGAGGAGCGGGCUCGCUCAGAUAAUGCUGCCUUAACGAUAUUUAUGGCUCCUCUACUCGAGCCUAUGGAUUGGAAGACAAUCUGUGCCCAGAAUACAGCUGCCGACAAACAAAUUUAUGAAUGGUCUGUGUAUUCUCUAGCCUCAGCUGCAAACAUCGUAUCCCGGCUACUUGGGAACCGGGAAAACGUAACCAAAUCAGCUGCUGGGCAUGACAGAAACCCGCGAUGGCUCGCCGUGGGAAACACGCCAAAUAGACCAACCUAUGAAAUGAUACCUCUGGCAGAAAACUUUUGGCCUCUUCCAUCCGUUAACAUUGGUGGGGUCAUACUUGGUGAAGGGGAGGCUGACGAAAAUCCUCUAAAGUCUAAAAGGAGACGCAUGCCCCUGAAGGAUGCUCCGGCGAAAAAGCGCCAAUUAGCUGCAAAAGCAGUUAUUCCUCCUUUGCCUUCUUCAAUCUACAAGCCAUCCCAGAUGGAAGCCCCGGAAAAACAAGGGCAUGUCGAUUCACUCAAAAUUCACCCUGCAGAACGCUCCACAGCUGCCUAUCUCCCUCGCCACCACCCCCAUCUUCAAACAAUGUACUCAAUAUCCAAGUCCCCAGAGCCAAACGGUCAAGGAGAAUCGAACGAACUAUCCACUGUUCCAAAGAUGUCUCCACCUCAAGCCUCAAGCCCACGGCUCCAUGAUCAUCAAACCCGUCCUCACUCACCCCCUCCUAAAGCGCCAUCAAUGGAUAAGGCCCCACCAACGGAACCCCAACUAACUGAACCUAAUAACCAUCCAACACUUGCUACUUCAAACCAACGCUCCUCCGCUACCCCUCCUCCCCGGACCAAGUCACCAAACCUCACCACCCCAAAAGUCUCCCACUGGGACUCAGAAGACCUCACUGGUUUCCUAACCCGCAUGAAAAUCUCAGCCGACAACAUCACCAUGUUCUGCUCCUACGACUUCCCGCAAAAAGGAAAGCUAACUGGUGAAGUCUUGUUGACAUUAACAAACGAGGAGGUAAAUGAUGAGAAGCUAGAGAUCGAGGGCCCGGAAGAGAGAAGGAGACUAUGGAGGGUGGUUAAUAAGCUGCAUGCAAGGGUUCAGAAGAAUGACAGGGAGUUGGGGGCUGUGGAUCGGUGA